GAUGAGAAGUUAACAGUGACACAGGGCGCUCCAGUGAGUGGGAACCCCUCUCUUCUCCGCUUCCACUACCAACUGAGUGAGCGCCGCUCGGCCUCCUGGGAUACGGCUCUAUCAGAAGACAGCCUCUUCCUGGAGAUCCCUGCCGGGCCACUGGUGGAGGGCAGCAAGGAGGGGCUAACCGCUCUGCUCGAGUUUGCAGAAGAGAAGCUCAAAGUUAACUAUGUGUUCCUGUGGUUCCAUAAAGGCAGAGAGGAUCGACCCUUCCCUCCUUCCCUCCCUGAUAGAAACACGCCUUCUGCCUCUUUUCUUCCUCAAGCAAUCAAAUCCACUUUGACUCUGGCUCUGACACAAACCCCUCCUCCUCCUCCUCUAGAAAUCCUUCAUCACUGACUGGGAGGUGUCACUUUUUUUUAAUAGACUUGUGAUUUAAGGGGGUGUUUGGGAGUGGUAGGAUUUCCAUGUGACUCAGAUGCCCCCCCCGCCUCCCCCCUUUCCCUUCCCAGAGGAUAAGUGCAGAUUGGAGAAACGAGGAGCGGCGUAGCUUGAACUUAUUCAUCACUUGCAUUGUGGGAUUCUUAUUUUUCCUGCUAGUGGUUCCUCUCAACCACGUUGUUUUUUUUUUUUGUUUUUUUUUUUGUUUUUUUUUUGUGCUGCCAUCAACAAACCAACUGUUAACAUUCAGGAGAAGUGUUUUACAUUAAAAUUCAGCAUAUCUCUCCUCUGACAGCUUUGACCUUUUUAUAAGGAAAGAGACUUUGUUUGUCUUGGUGUGCUGUAUACCAUGCAAGCAGUGAUUGUGAGGCUAAAGAGAGGGAAUUAUGGGUUUGGUAUGGUCAAUAAAAUGUUAUAAUAUAGGUGGGGAUACAGCCUAGUGUGUUACAUUUAACAUUGAAGCAUAUGUAAACAUUUCUUUACACUCUUCCUGAUAUAUGUUGAGGCAUCAUUCCAGCACGUCACACGCUCUGUUGUUUUUGUAGCUCUUGUCUGCCCAAAAACAAUCUAACCACAAAUGUGGAAAUGCCCUGUUAGUCUCUCCACAUGUGUCAAAGUUAAGAAGCAGCCUGUAUGUUGAAUGUCACAACAGGGUGGCUGCCAACUCGCUCCUCCUUCUCUGCGCAGUAAUCAACCUGCCCAGUUGACGGUGUGAGUUAUUGGCGAGCUGGAGAGGAGGACGGCCUUGCUGUUGUUUCACUUUGCACCUCACACACAGAAACAAACGCUUAAGAGUUUAUAUUCUUCAAAGAUCAUAAGCUGAAUAAUGUUUGGGUUGAGGUGGUCCGGUUUAAAGAGAAGCUCCACUUACUGUUACUUAAAACACAAUGUUUGAAUGUAGUGAAGCCUCAGUCUGUGCCUCUCAUGUAUUGACAUUACAUUCAAGUUUAACUUAAAGAGAAGGUUGUUUAACAACAGCAGCUUGUUAUAAAGACUCUUCUAACCAUAUGGAUGAAAAAAAAUACCAUAUCUCCCAAUGUGUGGCUCAAUGUUCCAUCCAAGUUGCCGGAAUUGACACAAGAAACAUUUUUUUUUUGUAUGAAAAUAUAAAACAAUAAAAUUUUAAGAUGAAUAUAUAUAUAUAAUAUAACUGUUAA